UCCCCGAAACUAACAGAUUGUUACAGAUUUGCCGAGACGGAAAGAGAGUUAGCUUGUAGAAUUAUCGAUAUAACAGGUGUGUGUGUGUUCGUGUUAGUUGCGUUUCCUGUUUUGGAUAUAUCGUCUACCUGCUGUUUUCCGAGUGCUACGUUUUUGGAUAUAUGAUGAAGGCUUCCGCAGAAAUCGCUGUUCUCAGCCGACCUGGUGUGAGAAGCACGGAAAAUAGGAUCUGUAAGUCCGCUAGGAGAGAGCGAGAUGUUAGCCAAGAAGAAAUGCAGCAGUUGUUAGGAAAACUUAAAGAGCUGGUGCCUAAUAUGCCUAAGAACAAAAAACUGAGUAAACUGGAGAUUAUCCAGAAUGUUAUAGACUAUAUAUUCGACCUACAGAUAGCUUUGGAAAGUGACUCAGUUUCUCGCAGUGGGGAUUCUCCAUCCUGCGGGAGUACUUUUAGCUCUGUCCGCCAGCCACUAGGUGUACUAUCUCCAGCUAGCAACAACACGUGUGCUUCUCAAGAGGCGAUGCCAACAGAGGUCGCUUCCACUCAAUUACCAGAACUUCAGAUUUUGCCAACGAGACCAAUCUCUUGCUAAAACGAGAAGAGUAGCUGGACCAUCGCUUGCCGCUACCAAUUGGACGGCAAACUCGCUAGGAUGAGAAACAUAAGUUAGGUUUGUUCACUCUAGGGCUUUCAAGGUACCUUUGUGCUAGUCCAGAACUUUAUCUUGAGAAGACGGGGCGCCCGAUUCACCGUGACCGUGAUCGGUUCUACUUGAAGUACCUUCAGAAUUCAUCUAUCCAUCCAGUUUGACAGCACGCAGGCACGUGGAAUGUCAUAAUCACAGUGAAAAAUUACAUUAUACCGUCCUUAUGGCGUUAUUUUCAUCAUUCCCCGAGCUAAGCAUUAUCAGAAAUCCUACUCCGAUAUACCUGAAGAGUUUGUUUCUCUAGAAUGCGUUGUAUUGGUUGAAGUGAAUUUUUUACGUCAGAGGUGUAAUGUUACGAAACAAUUAAUCGUUCAAAUGUGAAAAAUGAUAGUCUGAUAGUUUUUAAAGUAUAUUUUGAAAACUAAGCCUACUUCACAGUAUAUAAUAUAUAUAUAUAUAUAUAUAUAUAUAUAUAUAUAAAUAUAAUGUUUGUAUUCAUACAUAACUUGUCAACAGUGUAGUUAACAACUGUACUACAACCUUAGCCCGUUAUUUCACCCCUUUUAAGAUUUGAGUUUUGAUGUAGAAAUAUUGUAUAUUAGAAUUUGUAAAUUCUGUAUUGGAAGCUCUUGUAUAUCGUAUAGAAAAACAAAUCAUUCUAUUGUGCACUAAUGUAGUUCGUGUACAGAUACAGUUAUUGUUUCGUGGGAUUGGAGCACCAAUAAAACAUGUAUAUGUUGUGAUAUUUGUACAUAGUUGAACAAAGAAAAAUAAUGUAUUAAAGCCAACCACAAAAAUUAUGGAAAUAUUUUGUGUUUUUGUUUCUGUUUAUCAACGAAAAAUAACAGCUGAAUUACUAUCUAAAACCUACCAUUCUUUUUGCCAAUCGUACUAAAAUAUGUAGUAAAAUAAAAAAAACAAAGUUUUUCCUU